AGCGCCAUCUUUCUCCCACGCUGUCAACCAUCUUGGUACUCCUAGUAGCCAUGCCGGCUGUAUCGGAGAAGGAGUCGGAAUUGUCGGAGCGGAUUGAAGCUUUCAUCACUGGCCUGAAGAGAGGGGGAGGGCGGCCGAGCUCAGAGGAGACCGCCCGGGAGACUGUGGGCCUUCUCCGCCGUAUCAUCGCUCAGGCACGAUGGAGCAACGCAGGAGAACUGAUGGACAUUAUCCGGAGGGAGGGGAUGAGGAUGACGGCUGCUCAGCCCUCAGAGACCACCGUAGGCAAUAUGGUGCGCCGGGUGCUGAAACUGAUUCGUGAGGAGUACGGCAGGCUGCGCGGUUGCAGCGAGGAGAACGACCAGCAGGAAUCCCUCCACAAGCUGGUGAUGGCGGAGGGGCUGAGCGAGGACUUCAACACGUCUUUCCCGCUGCUGAAGGCCAACGUGAUCGAAGCCGUGAAUGAGCUGCUCAUCGAAUUGGAGGGCACCACCGACAACAUCGAAACCCAGGCCAAGGAACACAUCCAUUCCAACGAGGUCAUCAUGACCAUCGGCAACUCGCGCACGGUGCUGCGCUUCCUGAAGGAGGCCGCUCGCAAAAGGAUCUUCCAUGUUAUAGUGGCUGAGUGCGCCCCCUUCUGUCAGGGCCACGAAAUGGCGGCCAAUCUGGCCAAAGCGGGAAUAGAGACAACCGUCAUCACCGAUGCCGCCAUCUUCGCGGUCAUGUCCCGUGUCAAUAAGGUCAUUAUAGGCACCAAGACCAUCCUGGCGAACGGCUCCCUGCGUGCGGUUUCUGGGACGCAUGCCCUGGCUCUGGCUGCAAAGCAUCACUCCACCCCGCUCAUAGUGUGCGCGCCCAUGUUCAAACUGUCGCCACAGUUCCCCAAUGAAGAGGACUCCUUCCACAAGUUUGUCUCUCCACAGGAAGUUCUUCCAUUCUCACAAGGUGAGAUCCUGUCCCAGGUCAGUGCUCAUUGUCCCAUCUUUGACCACGUCCCGGCCGAGCUGAUCACGCUGUUCAUAACCAACAUUGGAGGGAACGCGCCAUCGUAUAUCUACCGCCUGAUGAGCGAACUCUACCACCCGGCAGACCAUGAACUGUGA